AUGCCUGUCGACGAGGCGGUUUCGAAGACAGUGGUGGGUGUGGUCUCUGAGCCUGUUGCUAAAGACAAAUCCACCCCCUCGGAGGAAUCAUCUGACAAUGACAAUGACUCUGACGAUGGGAGGAGUCCCCCACCACUACUUGCAAAGCUAUGCGCUGUUAUUUUGAUAUCGUGUAUUAGCUUUGGCUCGCACUGGAGUUCUGGUGUCACGGGUGCUAUGAAAAGCACGAUCAAAAAGCAAAUGCACAUUGACAAUGUUCAAUUCUCACUUCUAGAAGCAAGCGAGAAUUUCAUGGCCACAGUGCUGCUUCUGGCCAGUGGUAUAAUUACCGACCGAGUCGGCGGAGCAGAAAUGAUCGUCUACGGAAACAUCGUGUACACCAUCGGGUCGAUCCUCGUCGCUGCUGCCACGACCGUGCGCUCGUUCAACUUUAUGAUCGGAGGUCGGAUCGUCCUUGCGCUAGGGGACAUCGCCACACAAAUCGCGCAGUACAAGAUGUUUUCUUCCUGGUUUCCUCCUAGCAAUGGAUUUGCUUCCACACUCGGGUUUGAGCUUGCGAUUGGCAAGAUCGGUGGAUUUGUCGGGAAAUCAACAGCCAAUAUCAUUGCAAAGAACACCGGUAACUUCGCAUGGGUCUUUUGGACAUCGGUCUUCAUGAACCUAUUCACGAAUUUUGCCAGUGCCGCGUUCUGGUUCUUCAACAAGUACUGUAAUCGCAAGUACAAGGGCCGGUAUGACGCAGCAACCAAGGAGCAACUCACAGAGAAGAACAAGAAGUUCGAAUUCCGCAAGAUGUUCGAGCUACCAUGGAUGUUCUGGUCUAUCAUGGCAUUCUCUGUGUUCCAGACGAGUUCAGCCACGGUCUUUAGCCAGAAUGCGACCGAGCUGGCUGAAAAGCGGUUCAAUGUUGAUGCCAUCCAGGCGGGUUGGUAUAGCUCUCUGUCGCAAUAUGCAGGGUUCUUCCUUGUUCCAUGUGUGGGUAUUUUCAUUGAUGUGCUCGGAAACCGAGCAUCUGUCUUGUUCACUUGUGGUCUUGGCAUGCUGUUGAGUAUGGUUCUCAUCAACUUCGCGACAUCCGAAGCAGGGACAGGAGCUUCGUUCGGCAUCUAUGCCAUUGCCCUGUCCUUUGGACCCACUUCGGUCAUUGAUAGUAUUCGCACCACGCUCUGGCACCAAUCGGUUUUCGGGUCUGCAUAUGCAUUGAAGGUCACCAUGAACAACGCGAUGAGCAUCAUUAUUCGCAUCAUCACCGGAGCUCUGCAGGAUGCAGAUGAUGAUUCAUACCGCCGUGUGGUGCAGGUAUACCUCGUUCUUGCUGCUGGAUCCUUGGUAGUUGGCUCCGCCAUUCUGAUCGGCUCUUUCAUGACCGACAAUCUGGCACCGCUUCAGUGGACUCGACAGAAGCGAUUGAGUUCGGGAGCGGCAAUUAUUGAUAGGAUUCGAGAGCGCAGCUUAGUCACUGAGCGCCGUCGCACACGCAACAUCUCCAUAGUCAGCUUUGGAGCGCUGGGGCUGUUGGUACUCGGGGCGUGGGCGGCAUAUAUUUGGGGUGCAAUUACGGGCAACAACUCGUAG